GAGACGGGCAGUGGGCCAUCUUUGGUGCCUGUGCAAGCGCCCGAGGGGCACCCCCUGCUGAGCCUCUGUUGGCUUAAGGGCUGCCCUCGCCCUCUUUCUGCAGGUCAGCCAGCGUCCAUUUGCAGGACCCCGCAGCCCCUCCCGGGGGGCCCCCCGGCAGGAUGAUCCUCAAGUCCAUUUUGAGGGGGCCCCUGGCCCUCUGGUACUGCUGCUUCAUCAACUCGGAGGAGUACCUGCACCAGCAGCUCCUGGAGAACAAGUACUUCCCCUUCCAGGUGCAGCAGCCCAAAGUGUUUGUGAUGGAGUAUUACAAGGACACCGUCUGGAAAGGGCUGCUCGGCUUUGUCAUUUCCGUCGUCGCCAGCAUCUUCUACUUCAAAACGUCUGCGACCCACCAGGACUUCUCGGCCUUCUUCAUCUUCAGCAUGGUGUCCGGCCUCUGGCUGGUGAUCAGCAAUGUCUGCAAACGGCGCCUGAUCAUCAACCACUCCCGGGACGUCUACCAGUUCUACAUCCGGGGCAUCCUGUGGCAUGAGGGGCCCCUGCACCAGAUCUACGUCCGGACCGUCAGCCAGCGAGACGCCUAUGGGAAGCUGUUCUACAGCCUCAUCAUCAACGGCUACCGCCUGGAGGUCCUCACCCUGGUCCGCUUGACCAAGAACUAUGAGCUGGUGGACACCCUUGGACGCCGUAUCGCCCGCUACCUGAACCUCAACUAUUUUGAGUAUGAGGACCUCUCCAUGCUCCACGUCAUCCGCCAUUUCCCCCCCGAGAUUGAAGAAGAUGAAGAUGAGGAUAUGUCGCUAGUGUAACAAUGUAAGGUGGGCAGGCAAUUAAAA